AUGGAUAACUUCACAAAUGGGCAGCCGGGCCCAGGUCAGAGGAACAGGUUGAUAGGAUUGCUAGAAACAGAUGACAGUGUCCAGGAAGAUAAACCUGCAUCUAGUAAAAAGGAAGAAAGAUCAGGACAUGGAAAGAAAGGAGAGCCACGGCCCCUGGAGACACCUUAUCAGAAGGAGAGCAGUGACUUUCCUCCUAAAGUCAAGAUUAAUCUGAACUAUCGGCCAGGACUUGUCAGCAACCAAAAGGACCCAAAUCGCUUUGACAGAGACAGGCUCUUCAGCGCGGUCUCAAGGGGCAGCCCUGAGGCACUGGAUGGUUUACUUGAGUACCUUAGGAGGAGCUCCAAAUUUCUCACCAAUUCUGAAUACACAGAUGCAAAGACUGGGAAGACCUGCUUAAUGAAAGCCCUGUUGAACUUAAAAAAUGGAAAGAAUGACACAAUCCCACUUUUGCUGGAAAUAGACCAAAAGACACAGAAUCCCAGGCCACUUGUCAAUGUGGCAUGCUCUGAUUGUUACUACAGAGGCCAGACAGCACUCCAUAUUGCCAUAGAGAAAAGGAGCCUAGAUUUGGUGAAACUUCUGGUAGAGAAUGGAGCUGAUGUCCAUGCCAGAGCCCAUGGUGAAUUCUUCAGGAAAAAGAAAGAAGGAGUUUACUUUUAUUUUGGUGAACUUCCCCUCUCCUUGGCUGCUUGUACCAACCAGCUUGAGGUGGUGGAAUAUCUUCUAAACAAUCCACACCAGAAAGCCAGGCUCCAGGAGCAGGAUACACAGGGCAACACAGUCCUCCAUGCCCUGGUGAUGAUUGCUGAUGACACUGAGGAGAACACCAAGUUUGUGAGCACAACAUACAUUGAGAUCUUGAAGGCAGGUGUGAAGGUUGACCCAACGUGGAAACUGGAGGAGAUAGUGAAUUAUGAUGGAUUAAAUCCUCUGCAGCUUGCUGCCAAGACAGGCAAAGUGGAGAUCUUCAAGCACAUCAUCCAAAGAGAGAUCAAAGACCCAGUCUACAGGCACCUGUCACGCAAGUUCACUGAGUGGACCUAUGGACCUAUCCACGUGUCUCUCUAUGACUUGUCCUCUAUAGACAGCUUUGAGGAAAAUUCUGUGCUGGAGAUUCUGGCAUACAGCAGUGACACACCGAAUCGGUACAAGAUGGUGGUUUUGGAGCCACUGAACAAACUGCUUCAGCAAAAAUGGGAAACGUUUGCUUCCAAGAGAUUCUACUUCAGUUUUGUCUCAUACUUGUCAUUCAUGAUCAUCUUUACAGCCAUUGCAUACUAUCAACCCUUACGGGUAAAGCCUUCAUUUCCAGUGGAGUUCACGGCUGGAGGCUUCCUGUGGGUCUCUGGACUGAUCAUUAUCUUGCUAGGAGGCAUUUAUCUAAUCUUUGCACAGAGUCUGUACUUGCGGAGGAGACGCCAGUCCCUGAAGACUAUGUGUUCUGACAGCUGCAUUGAGAUCUUGAUCUUCAUCCAGGCUUUCUCAUUGCUGCUGUCAGCAGUCCUGUAUGGUGCAAGUUCAGAGAACUAUGUGGCGGUGAUGGUGUUCUCCCUGCUUUUGGGAUGGGUGAACAUGCUGUAUUACACUCGGGGCUUUCAACGCACUGGGAUCUACAGUGUCAUGAUACAGAAGACUAUCCUGAGAGAUCUGCUCCGUUUCCUUUUGGUUUAUAUGAUCUUCCUCUUUGGCUUUGCUGCAGCUCUGGUUACGCUGAUGGGGGAUGCUCCUUCAGUCUCUCAGAACAAGUCUCUUGCUCAGCUGGAGAGCACUGGGAGCCAUGCUAUGUAUGGUGGGCUGCUUAGUGUCUCCCUGGAGCUCUUCAAGAUCACUAUUGGGAUGGGCGACCUGGAUUUCCAGGAACAUGCCAGAUUCAGAUACUUCGUCAUGCUCCUGCUGCUUCUCUUUGUGAUCCUCACUUACAUUCUUCUGCUCAACAUGCUGAUUGCACUCAUGAGCGAGACUGUCACAGAUAUUUCUGGUUAUAGCAAAAGCGUCUGGAAGCUGCAGAGGGCGAUUGCUAUUCUAGAAAUAGAGAAGGCCUGGCUGUGGCGCCAGGGUGGGAAGAGGAGAUCUGGCUGCUUUGUGUCAGUGGGCCUCAAUAAGAAAGAUGAGAGGUGGUGUUUCAGAGUAGAGGAAAUUAAAUGGACAAAUUGGGCAAAGGACGUGGGAGUUCUCAAGGAAGACCCUGGAAACACCAGCGAUUCAGAAAUAAAUCCAGAAGAGACAAGAUCAUGGAAACGGAUGCCACAGAAACAACUGAGAUCAGCUGUUUCAGAGGAGCAGUCACUAUUGCAGCCCCAGCUAUCAGCAACUGAGAUGAUGCCUCUAGAGGGACAAACCAGAAAUCUUUAGCAGGCUUUCUGGAUUGCAACUUUGCUUCCAACUUCAAAGGAGUAGUUCUUCUUAUAGUGGCUGGAAGAAUUGAAGGCAUUAUCAGUAUUAAAGUGCAUUUCAUUGAAGAUGGUGGUUCAGCCUGUGGCUUAAAAUAUUUUCAUGCACUUUAAUCAUUAAUUUCCUCAGAAGAAACUAUUUUUACGCAACGUUCUCUGCCUGACACUUUCUUCUUACUAUGUCUAAAGGUGCAAGAGCAAGAUCAUAAGGGCAGUGGGGAGUGGUCUUUGGGAAGGCAGUGCUUUCUGAACUGUGUAGAAAUA